GAGACUGUUGCAGGUACUCUCUGUUCUCGGCAAAAGUACAAAAUCAAGAAGCUGUGGCCUGUCUGUGAAACCAUUGCUCCAUUAGGCCGCACUUAUUGACGUCAAUAUUUGUCGGUAGUUGCCCACAUUACAUUACCCCACGCACACAUUGUCAUCGUCAUCGUCAAACGGCGAAUCCUGUAAUCCAGAAUCCAGACUCGUGACCAAGUUACAUCACUUCUUGAAAUUGGUAAUUCCCACUCCCAACUCCAGCCUGUUUACCAUUCUUUUGAUCCCGAGUUCCUGACACUGACAGGCAUAUGAAACAAAUUACAAACCCACAUGCAAAAUGGAGAAACUCUCUUCCAUCAUUUGUCCUUUACCCUAUUCCCCAAAUUCGGGUUCUCUUCUCCUCUACCCCCCCCCCCCCCGCAACUGUAUGAUAUAAAUACCCAGAGUGGGAAACGGGAAAAGUUGGUAAAUUUGUCCACAGGGAGAUCUCGGCAAAAAUGGGUUUGAUCUCCGGGAGGGAUUUGAUUUCUGGGUUUCUUCUGUUCUCGGUUUUGAGCUCGGGAAGUGCCGGCUUGGCGGCUCCCUGCGAAUUCCCAGCGAUUUACAACUUUGGAGAUUCGAAUUCAGACACUGGAGGGAUAUCGGCUGCGUUCGUCCCAAUCUCAGCUCCAUACGGCGAGCAUUUCUUCCACAAGCCAGCUGGUCGAGACUCCGAUGGCCGCCUUACUGUGGAUUUCAUAGCUGAGAGGCUAAAGUUGCCGUAUUUGAGCGCUUACUUGAACUCAAUUGGGGCCAACUACAGGCAUGGAGCCAAUUUUGCUACUGGUGGUUCGACAAUCAGGAGGCAGAAUGAGACCAUUUUCCAGUAUGGGAUUAGCCCUUUUGCUCUUGAUAUGCAGAUUGUGCAGUUUGAUCAGUUCAAAGCCAGAACAACAGAUCUCUACAAUCAGGUGAAGGGUACUCCCGAGGCAGACAAGCUUCCAAGACCAGAGGAAUUCUCAAAGGCACUCUACACUUUCGAUAUUGGCCAGAAUGAUCUGUCUGUUGGUUUCAGGUUGGGUCCUGACCAACUCAAAGCAGCACUGCCCGACAUUGUUAACCAGUUGGCUGCAGCAGUCAAACACUUGUAUGAGCAAGGAGGAAGGUCAUUCUGGAUCCACAACACGGGUCCGUUUGGCUGCUUGCCUGUGAACUUGUUCUACGUCUCGAAUCCUCCCCCACAGGGUUACCUCGAUGAGCUUGGCUGCGUCAAGGCUCAGAAUGAGAUGUCAGUUGAGUUCAAUAGGCAGUUGAAGGAUAGAGUUACAAAGCUGAGGGAAGAGCUCAAGGAAGCUGCAGUUGUCUACGUUGAUGUUCAUGCUGCUAAACAUGGACUCAUUGCCAAUGCAAAGAGAUUAGGGUUUGCUGAUCCACUGAAGGUUUGCUGUGGUUACCAUGUGAAGUAUGACCACAUAUGGUGCGGAAACAAAGGGAAAGUCAAUGGAAGUGAAAUCUAUGGUGGCUCCUGUAAAGACCCUUCUGUUUAUGCUAGUUGGGAUGGAGUGCAUUACACUGAAGCUGCAAGCAAAUGGGUUGCUGACCAAACCCAGAAUGGCUCUUUGACUGACCCACCAACUCCAAUCACCCAAGCAUGUCAUAGGCUGUGAUGUAAGAGCUCAAAGAGGGCAGAAUUUAGAACCAGGUCAUUACUCUCGUGAUCACUGCCAAGAACCUCCAACUCUUCCUCGACAUAGUGUCCAAUCGUUUUGUUGCCUCCAGCUUUUUCACAACAAAAUUUACCCGGUUUC